CAUAGCAACGGCGGGAUGAAUGCGCCUCCGGCCUUCGAGUCCUUCCUGCUCUUCGAGGGCGAGAAAAAGAUCACCAUCAACAAGGACACCAAGGUGCCCAACGCCUGCUUGUUCACCAUCAACAAGGAAGACCACACUCUAGGGAACAUCAUCAAGUCGCAGUUGCUCAAAGACCCUCAGGUGUUGUUUGCAGGUUAUAAGGUCCCACACCCUCUGGAACAUAAAAUUAUCAUUCGUGUCCAAACCACCCCAGAUUACAGCCCCCAGGAAGCUUUCACCAAUGCCAUCACAGACCUGAUCAGUGAACUCUCCCUCCUGGAAGAGAGGUUCAGGGUUGCUAUUAAGGACAAACAAGAAGGAAUUGAGUAAAAUACCCCCUUUGGAGCAGACUGUUACUUCUGAGGCAGAAUGACGUGUUUGCUAUUGGAUGAAAUAUUUAAACCUCCAUUCAUGGCAAAUAUUUUCCCCCUUGUCCCACUUCUGUUUAAUUUUUGACAGCAGCAGCAGUGUUUUGUUUUUUUCUUUUAAUCAUGGCUGACAGGCACUUUGCCAAGAGGAUAAAUGCAUAUUGGAUUUGGUGAAUAAGUCAUUAAAGUGAUUUUGGUUUUCUAA